UUGAGCUAUUUGGAAGUUGCUGUGCAGAUGGAGCUAAGCAGGAGGAAGGUGCCUCUGUAUGGUGAGGCGAAGGUAUUCGCAUUACUGGAGGGUUUAGACUUGAUGCCAGAGGAUGCUGAGGUCUAUGUUGUUUUAGAGGGAUCCACACUGGUCCAUAUAACCAGGGCUCAGAGUGAUGUCAUGCUCUGCUUUAUUGUACCUGGGCAUAACCUGGCCGAGGUGGUCUCUGUCCAGGCCUACCUGUGCUCUAAAACCAUGCCUCUUACAUGGGUGGGCAGGUCUUCUUUAGAGUAUGUAACUGACGAUGCUCAGGACCUGGCAGAGCACCUGGUAAUCCAUGGACAUUGUCUGAGCUCCACCGAUCACAAGGAGCUGAGUAGUCUCUUUAGUCUGGGCCAGGAGAGCUCUCGCUUGGCUAUGGAUCGUAGAGUGGCUCUGGCCAUGGCCAACUUGGAUAUCCCCCCGAACUGGAAUGUACUUGGGAGCCACAGAGGAGACAAGCGCAGUCCCAGAGAGUCUCCCCUCCACCUGGCUGUGCGAUGGGGUCUGUAUCAUCUUGCAGAGCUGUUGCUUUGCCAGCCGGGGGGUUUGAUGGCUGUCAAUCUGCCAAACGAAGAGGGAAUAACACCACUGCAGCUGGCAGAGACGGCAGGCAACACUGAGCUGCUGGAGCUGCUCACACACCCCCCCAACCCUCUGGCCACACCUCCAGCAGGUCUGUCCCAGGUUUGGGCAGACCGCUCCCGAUUGCUGAGGUUUUGUCACGACACGGGGAACAUGACUCUGACCGUCCGGCAAAACCUGCGAUGGAGCUCAGAGGAGAGCCGGCACGCUGACAUCAUCCUUCUCAGAAACAGACUCAGAGACGAAGACUUCCUGAGAGAGAUCAAAGCACUCAGACGAGAAAGGGCAAAAACAAUCUUGGAAAAAGAAGAACUAGUGGAUGAUCCUGCAGACAGUGCACUGUUUCCUGACCUAAAUGGAGAAAACCCCGCAGAAGAAAAUGUUCCCAAUUUCUUCACUGAGGACUACGAGGAGCAGCUGGUGUUUUGCUUGAAUGAGGAGGACGAAGAGGACAACCAAACGCAGCCCCAUUCUGAGAAAAGCCAGCCCAUCAGGGAGAGCCAGGCCUCGUCCCCGACGCUGGCCGCCGCUGCCAGGCUUUCGGCCAUGAUACACGGCAAAGACCAAGUGUUUGCCAACGCCAUGCUGGUCGACCAGGUAGAUGACGCCGACAUUAAGUACCGCUCUCCAGGGGAGGAGGAGGUCAGUCCUGUGUCCCAUGUUGACAUUCCCUGCUGGGAUUCCUUCUCAUCGACCCCCCUUGAGUCAAGGAGCUGCUCUCAGAAACAUUACCCGUCCUCACCACAUCACGGGUUGAGAGGAAGCCGAGGCCCUGGCAUGGACAAUAACAGGGAGCCAUCCCCUUGCGUCUCUCCCCCGUCUCCCUUUGCUUCCUCCACGUCCUUUCCUUCCUCUCCCCUGGCUUCCGCCCUCCGUUUGUUUGAGGGAGCACAGAGGCGUCAGGCGCAGACAUGCCCUCCAGUCUCUCCUGCUUCGAAUCACAGAGUAUGCAGCCUGGCAGAUGCAAGCCGAGGCCUGAGCCCCAGUUUGGAGUGUGACAGUGGAGAGGAAGACAUACUGGGGCACUCCUACCCUUGCUCCUCUUUAAAGCAGAGGUCCAUUUUGCGAUCCAGCUCAGGAGAGGAAAGGGACUCCUUUGACACCUCACCUGACUUUAACCGCUCAAACUCGGACAGCACGCACAAAACUAACAAGAGUUCUGGGGACGCUGAAGUGCGCCUGCGUUCCUAUUCCUACUCCUCUCCUAAAGUGAAGCCGUCACGGCCUCUGCUAAACCGAGACACAGCAAUCACAGACCUGGAAGAAGAACAGAGAGCAUUCAACUUGGCCGAGACUUCCAGAGAAAAAAGGAUUUUGGGUUUCCGUAAGCGGGCCCAGUCUGCAGAGGAGGAGAGCAGCGCAUCACUCCAACACCUCACCCUCACAGAGUUCCUCAAAGAAAUCGAGGAUGAGGAGUGGGACAAAUACAUAAUCCCAUCUAAAGUCGAGUCAGAGAAGUACAAAGUGAGCCGGACUUUCAGCUUCCUGAAGAGCAGGAUGUCCAGCACCCGCAGCAAGACCAAGGUGAAGGGGAAAGAGGUAAAAGAGGCGAAGGAGAAGUCGGGAUCCACUAAUGGACACCAAUUUGUUCCUGUGACUCCAUCUGGUCCAGCUCUCUGUGUGGCCUGUGAUAAGUCUGUUUCUGGGAAAGAGCUGUUACAGUGCUCCAACUGCUCCCUUAAUGUCCAUAAAAACUGCAGAGAGUCUGUUGCAGCCUGUGGAAAGAAACAGCAGGAGAGGAAUGCUUCGCUGCUGAAAAGCAAGACUAUGUCUCUCCCACAGAACUCAUCAAAGGAGAACUCCUCAGCGUCCAUGCUCUCUACACUUUCCUCUUCCUCCUCCUCCUCAGUUACAGCAGUGACCAAAGAAAAAAGAGAUACAGGCAGCACUUUUCCCAAAAGCCACUCCAUCUCUACAGACAGCAGAGGGCUGAGUGACGCGUCAGGGGUGGACAGUGAGAGCGCCCUGACGGCUUGUACUAACAGCUCACUGUCUGAGGAGGGAGCACCUGGCACAACAACUCCCCCAUCCACCGACCUGCCAAUCAGCACACAGGACGCUGUUGAUGCUCCUCUUCUGAGCGACCUGUCAGCUGACCUGCUGGGGCUUGAAGCCGAAUCAUGGAGCCUUGUAGUCAGCAAAGAGUUUUGCAGGAAACUCGACAGGCGUACCAUCAAACGGCAGGAUGUCAUUUAUGAGCUGAUGCAGACCGAGCUGCACCACAUCCAGACCCUGACGGUCAUGUCCGAGGUGUUCAGGAGAGGCAUGCUGGAGGAGCUGCAGCUGGACUGGGACUGCGUUGCCCGCAUCUUCCCUUGCCUGGAUCCCCUCCUGCAUUUCCACAGGAACCUCUUCCGAGCGCUCCAGGAGCGCCGGCAGGCCACGGCGCAGACGGACAAUCCGCGGAAUUACCUCAUCGAUAAGAUUGGAGAUAUCCUGCUCCAGCAGUUCUCAGAUGAAAACGCAGAGAAGAUGAAGCAGGUGUACGGAGAGUUCUGCAGUCACCAUAUGGAAGCUGUUAAUGUCUUUAAAGAGCUGCAGCAGCAGAACAAGAAAUUCCAAAACUUUGUCAGACAACAGAGCAGUAACUCGCUGGUCAGACGAAGAGGGGUGCCAGAAUUUAUCUUGCUGGUCACUCAGCGCAUCACCAAGUACCCAGUGCUGCUGGAGAGGAUAUUACAGUACACUCAGGACGGAACUCAGGAACACUUGGACUUGUCAAGUGCUUUGUUCCAGAUCCGGGAUGUCAUCACAGCAGUGGACCUGACCGUUAGCAAGUACGAGAGACGUCAGGAGUUGCAGGAGGUGCUCGUCCGGCUCGAAACCAAGAGUUUUGCCAAACUGAAAAACGACAAGGUGUUUCGCAAGCAGGAUCUGCACAGCAAACACAGGGAUCUGCAGUACAAAGGCCUGGUCUACUGGAAGACUGCCACUGGACGCCUGAAAGACACUUUGGCUAUUUUACUCACGGACGUUCUGGUUUUCCUGCAAGAGAAAGACCAGCGCUUUGUUUUUGCUUCUGUGGACCAGAAGCCUCCAGUAAUCCCACUGCAGAAGCUCAUCGUUCGAGAGGUAGCCAACGAGGAGAGAGGAAUGUUUCUUAUCUCGGCCUCCUCAGUGGGCCCAGAGAUGUACGAAGUUCACACCUCCUCCAGAGAAGAGAGGAAUGCCUGGAUGAGGCACAUCCGACUGGCUGUGGAGAGUUGUCCGGAGGAAGAAGAGGAGGAGGAGCGCAGUGCUGAGACAGAAGAAGCCAGACAAGCCGCAGAAGUGAGAGUUCAGAAGAUCAACAAGUUCCAGGAAACACUGUUUGGUCAGGACCAACGGAUCUGCCACAGUUUGGAGGAGAAGUUGCAGCUAUACGCUGAACUCUCGGAACUGGCUCUCCAUUCGCCAGAGGCUGUGCCACAUCGCCAUCUGCUGGUGCAACCGGCUCAGUACACUGACGUUGAGACGCCACGUCAGGCUUUGCCGUUGCUCACGGCGGCUCUCAGAGAAGCGGAGAACCUGAAUGCCCUUCUUCAGGCUCCCGAUGGCUUUUCUGCACAAAGUAAGAGUUCUCCUGUCCGAGGGCCCGAGAGCUGCAGCUACAACAGCCACGGCAGCAGCAUUCACGAGUCCCCCUCUGAGCCGGAUUAUCUGAGCACACUGAGUAUGAGCUCCACCUCUUUUGGAUCAGACUGUGAGUUGGCAGGAUUGGAUAAUGUUUCCUGGAGCUCAGCUGUUGAGCUCAAAAAGGGAGACACCAAAGGGACGUUGUUAAAGGUGGCAGAGAGUGUCCAGAGCCUCACUCAGCUUCUCUAUAGUCUGCAGGCAGCCGUGACCCUCCAGGACAGCUCCUAUGAAGUCCACAAGCUCCUUCUCCAAGAGGGAGAAAGACCUCAGCUUCGAACCAUCACCUCUCUCCAAAGCAGCCUGGAACAGGAGAAGCAAAGGUGCACUGACAAAGUCAAAGAGGAAAAGAGGAGUUUAGAGAGGAAGAAAGAAGAGGAUGAGGUGCAGAAACUCCAUGCAAAGCUGAGACAAGAGCAGCAACGCUGGGACAAAGAGUGUGUGGCCAGAGAGAAACAGCAGAGUGAGCAGGAGAACGUUCUGGAGCAGCGAGAGCAGCAGUGUCUCCUGGCGGCCGAGCGACUUCGCUGCGAGCGUGUGGAGCUGGAGACCCAGAUGCUGGAGUAUCGGCAAAACCUGGAUCGACUGAGGGAAGGCCAAAGGACUGUCGACAGGGAGAGGGAGAAGAUAGAGGCCCAGCAGAGGCUGCUUCAGAGCUGGAGACAUAGCCGGCAGAGCAGCCUACCGGUCACAAUUCCACUGGACAGACACAAGGCGUCGGCUCACAGCCGCUCGGGCAGCUUGGACGGUAACUGUUCAGUGUUCGGAAACGAGGCGCCUCUGCUCACCUCCCUGCAACAGAACCACCUCCACCAGCCAAUUCACACCAACAACCAGCACCAACAUGCACUCUCCAUGCAGAAAAAGAACCGCGAGGACCCGGUGAACAGCUCCAGCUACACUGCUAACCCCAGCCUCAGCGCCACCCUGUACAACAGCCUCAACACCCUGCUGAGUCAGACGCACAGCAAACAGCCCCUGGAUGCUCUGACUUAUCCAAACUACACCAACAGCCACACCUGCUCGCGACCUCUGGACCCCUUCCACCCAUUCAGCAGCCGAGUCGCCACACAGCAGCAAAGGACCAACAACACAGACCAGACGCAGGACACCCAGUCUCCUGGUUCCUGGAGGGAUGUCAGCGAGUGUUGCUCUGACACUGGUUCACCAGCACCGAAACUAAACAUCACUCAUGCUAACAGCGAUGAGCAAAGCCUUGUGGUGAGCUGGCUGGUGAACCACGCCGCCUCAUCAAGUGACAUUUAUGAAAUCCAGAUCAGCCGCACUGAGGAGCACACUGUUAUUUAUGAGAGAAAUGUGAGUGUAUAUGCUGGAGAUUCCGCUGAAAACACAUGGACAUGGACCUCAGAUCUCCCUCUGGAGUGUGUAGAUCACUCUGUUCGGAUACGUGUUUUUUGUAAUCAUUCUGCUUCAAGCCCUUGGAGCAGCUGGAUGACCAGCUAUGGAGUCAAAGCAAAGGAUAAAACAAAAAUUUUUCCUUUCCAACGGGUGCUGAGGGAGGGUUCUACAGCCCUGUUCUGCUGCGUUCCCCCUGCAGGAGUUAAUAUCACGAGCAUUGCUUUCAAGAACAGAAUAGUCCCACAUAUGAACAUCGGGGUCGGUGUCAAGGCUAUUACCGUCCACAACCUGCCGAUGCCAACCAGACGCAUAAAAGCUCUCUUACUCACUUGCACUGAUACAACAGGGAAGCCCAGUUAUGUGUGGAACUAUAUCAGCUUUCCUCCACAGAAGCCCAGAAACCUCUCUUGUGCAACCUCAGACAUGAUAACAGUCACUUGCACUUGGGAUUCAAGCAAGAAACAAGACCCAAAUAAUCACAGCAAGCAAACACAGACUCUCCUCAUAAGGAACUCCAACCAGGCUCCCAUCAGCUGUGAGCCAUCAUCUUGUAGUUUCCCAGUCCUGCCACAGCUGCAAGAAUACCACAUCUGGGUGCUGGUCAAGAACAAGCUGGGAGAGGAAACGGAAAGUUACAGCUUUAACAUCUCUGACAGAGUGUUUCCUGUGUUGGAGUGGGAAAGAGUGAUCCCUGGUGUGACGAAUGUCAGCUUAUCCUGGAGUGUAAAGGGGAAAUCGAUGCAAAUGAACCUCCUCUGUCAGGUUUCUACUGUUCCAGAGAGCACUGCGGAGCUGGGGUGCAACGGUCUGUGCAAAGUCAGGCUGGAUAAUCUACAGCCAAACACACGUUACUCAACCAGAGUGCGCUGUUCUGUGAACGGCAGGCUCUGGGGAAAAUGGACACAGCCAGUUUCUUACACAACAUAUCCACUGGUGACCUUGGACUUAUGGAGGAGAAUUAAGAUGUCUGACUCCCACAUUCGUCAUGUUACUCUGUUGUGGAACGCACAUGUCGCUGGUAGAGCCGAAACAGUGAACGUCAAAGGCUACUCGAUUCAGUGGUCACAGGGAGGCCAGAUCUGGACCGACCUGAAGGCGAGUGGACAAAGCCAAGCACAAGUUUCCAUCGGUCCAGCAAAGUGCAGCUUCACCGUCCAAGCUGUUCUCGAAGUUGGCUCCUCCAUCCCCGAAUUUAUUACCAUUCCUCCACAGGACCAGUCAGAAACCCACCCAUUAAAAAGGCGGCUGAGCACCACCACCGCUGGUUUUUUCAGUCUGUCUUGGGAUGCUCAGAUAAUUGUCACCUGUGGCUAUACGGUGGAAUGGUGCAGGAUGGGAAGUGUGGUACCCUGUGAUCUGCAGUGGAAGAAGGUAUCCAAUGAAACCACCACUUUGGAUUUGCCAACUGAGCAUUUCACCGCAGGUAGAAGGUAUGCGUUUAAUAUCUACGGAUGCACAACAAACGGACACAGACUUCUGGAGAUACAGACGGGAUACUCAGAAGAGAUCAGAUCAGUACAGCCCCCGAAUCUGGUGGAGCCGGUUCACAGCACGUCUUCCUCUGUGACUCUGGGGUGGUCUUACAAUGAAGAUGAUCCGGCUCAGCCGGCAUUCAUCACAGGUUACCUGGUUACGGUUCAGGAAGCGGAAUCUGAGAUCCUGCCAGGACAAGCUGCAAAUCUGUUCAACGUUACCGUCACAGACCCCCGGCAGAAGUCCGUGACUAUCGAAGGCCUGCACGAGAACAAAGAGUACACGCUCUACGUGAGCGCUCUGACCAGUGUGGGGCCUGGACUAGCUGCCACUGUCAUCAUCAGGACCAGAAUGAGCUACUCCGCCCACCUGGCAAAGAUCCUGACUCCGAUCUUGUUACUUCUGGGCUGUGCGAUUCUCCUGUGGCCCCAACGCAAAAUGCUGAAGAGCGGGCUCAGGGAGAUAUUUGCUUAUCCAGAUGGUAUGAACAUUAAAGUGCCUGAGUAUGACAGCAUCCUCUGUGAGACGGUUGAGAAGCUGCGCUCUCAGAUCGUGGAGGAAUGCAUCAGCUGUGACAUCGAGGUCUUAAAUAUCAGACCUCUGCUCGACGAAGCGGCCUCAGUGAGAGAUGCCCAGCUCACAAACACGCCGUGCUCCCCUUGUUCCGCUUCUUCCAUUUCGUCCACGUCAGCGUGCCGCGUGCCCCUCCGCAGAGACUACCAUCCACAGUCGGCCAUUCUGCCCCCGGACAAAAGCCCCGCCCAGCACACCUGCAUCACGAACAACAGCUACUUAAGAAGCGUGGUUGGGAAUCCCUCUGAGCCACAACCGCCCACCCUCAGCGUCAUUAACUCCAGCCUCCAGCCGUCCGACUGUUUGCAGGACGCAGGUGUGGUCAUUUACGGUCAUAUCUCCGAUGAGGCAUAACUUCUGCCCCAAAGGCCACAUCAUGCUGUUUUUCUAUUUCUAUUCCAGCACUAUUCUGGAAAUGCUCAAAUAAUUGACAUGUUGGGCAUCUGUUUUCUAACCUACAUUUAGAAUUUAGGAAUAAUUCAAAUCUUGCUCAUGUGCAAGUGUUUGGAUUUUAGAGGGCUACUUUUAAAUGUUUUAUAGAUCUGUAUUAUAUUGUAUGUUGCGUAAGUUUGAUUGUAAUAGUAAAUGAAAAAGUGAUUGAAAUGGCAGAAGUGAAUUUCUGCAAUAAGAUAAACCAUAAAGGAACUGGAAAGUAUGU